ACACGCAGGGCAGCACGAAGGAGACUGAUUGACAAUGGUCUACAGCCAAUCCGGACGCAGAAAACAAUGGGUGCUGCAGACAGACGGGCGAGGGAAGAGAGACACUGAACUUCACACAAUGCAAUUAUUAAAGGGCCAGGCUCAGCCUGUACCAGCGUUCAUACAGCGAACCUCUUUGAUUUGGGUCCCUAUACAAGUUGGCGUUGUCAGGAGUUUAUACUUGAACAUUGUGAUAAAUACUUUAUCGAUCUCCCAGAGAAUUUUUGACAUUUUAAAGAUCUUAUUUAAUUUGACUAGUCCCUCUGCCGCACAUAUACAGUACAGUAGACGCCCCUACAACGUAAAUAAUCCGUUCCGAGUACGUUUAUGUUAUAGGGUUUUUAUGUUAUACGAAGCGUAAAAUACAUGUAAAUAGCCUAAUCCGUUCCAAGAUCUUCCCAAACUCACCACCUUUGGCCCUUCAAAAUAUUCAAAGUCCACCAAAUAUGGUGGGAAAAUAUUACAAAACGUUAGCAUAAACAUAGUAGAGUAACAUUCCAAUAUAAAAUAAGGUAAUAAAUAAGAUUACUGUAAAUGAAUAAAACUGAAAAUCAAAAACAAUCCUACCGUUCACGAGAUGUCUUGAUCAGCAGGGCAAGUGGAGGCAGGAGUAUAAUUUCCUGCUUGGUUUCUAUCGACAACUUUUCCCUUCACUUACACCUGGUCUAGGGCCCAUGAUUACGGUAAUUUUAACACAAAGAAAAGUAAAAAGAUUAAGACAUUUCAAUGCGUGCAAACUAGUUUAAGGGCGACUACGAUGAGGAAGGGCGUUGAAGGGAGCAGCAUGUCUCUCACACAAACUCACGGACGGGCUGGAUAAGUCAGCCAAUGAGAUGAGAGCAUAGGCGGUGCCCUGAUAAGCAGCCAAUGAGAGUGUGAAGCGUCAGAAGGCGUCACCAAGCACUAAACAAAUCGAAUUUCUGAACUUGCACCGACUUGACGCUUUACGUUACAUGGAAUUUCUUCCGUAAUACGAUGCAAAAACUUGACAGAAAUUCUUUACGUUCAGUGGAAUUUACGUAAAAGGAGGUUUACGCUAUGCGAGGUACUACAGUACUUUGUAUUGUUGUACUUUGCAGGGGUGUCCAACUGCAAUUAGCUGUUUUAUGAGAGAUUUCUCCAACCAUCAUAGUAUAUGUUGGUUGGUCAUUUAGUCGUGCAGGCAAGCAUUCCGUCUUUCUGCUGCCAUUCACAGUACAGUACUCUUGGACACAAUUUAACCAGAUUGGUCACAUACUUCCUGGCAAAUCUACAACAUGCCAGUUUGUCUUUCUCUUCUUAACGACUGAUGGCAGCCAAAAUGCACUAAAAGAGGUAGAGAAGGUGGGAGUAUGACUCUUAUAGAGUGAUGAUUAUGGACAGUAUAAAGAUAGAUACAUUACCUGGAAACAACCAUUGCUGUCCAAGUCAAGGUAGUUCCGCCAGCUGUGCUUCCUCUCCAAAAACAAUCCACAGAUGUGCACAGACUGCUCGUCCUCCUGCUGGGACAAAUGAAGCCCCUUCAUUCUCUGUUGUGCCUAUUCCUCUACAUAGCUCUUCUCCGCAAAGCGAUUGUUUCCAAAGUUCCUGUUAUUGUCUUUCAAAAUAGACGCUCUUCUGCGCUUUGGGAGGACACAAAGUUACUUGGUCUUGAUGUACUAGAUCUUUCGGUGGUCAUGUUGGACUUCAAAGUUUUUCUGCUUUUAGAUGUUCAUUCAAAUUGGGAUGUAGUGGGAGUGGAAUGAAAGCAGUCACUAACAGACAUUUUGAAAAGCAACUGUGCAACUGUGCUUGAAAAGCAAAAGCUUGUACUGUUCCAUAUUCAGGUUUUGAAAAGAGCUUACAUUUUGGAUAAUAGUUUGCCACUUUAAGAUUUGAGAAGGGCUUUAAUAGUUUAAGCAGGUUGCCACUGUGUGCUUCUAAUUCUUGAAAAUGCUUGUAUUUUAAUGUUUCUCGUGUAAAGUGAUUUCAUGCUGGGAAGUCAUUUUCCAACCAAAUGUUAGAAAAUCUUGAAAAUGUGUGAAUGCUGAUGUUGCAAAGUUUGCUAAACCUUCAGUAAUUGAAAAAUAAUGUUGAUUCAUAGCAUAAUUGUCAUGGCUAUCCCUUGAGGCUGAGGAUGAUGGUCUUGUUCUCAUUUGUGUUAAUGGACACAGGAUUUAGAGGGUCUUGUUUUUAUAGAACAAGACACCUAUGCAUGUUUGAUGUUGUGUACUUUAUGUUGCACUCUAAGUACUUUUAAUAGGCACCGACCAAAUUCUGUCGGUACAGGCUUGCAUAAAAUCGAAAGGUACCAUGUUUGGGUUCCUAAAUGUCACUACACAUUCCGUACCUCAAUCGGUUCUACGCAGGUGCGAGACCUAUGUCACUUCCUCUAUUCGGGAAUUUUUAUGACAGCGCAUCUGUGGUAUUUAUUUAUUUUUUAUUUCUUAACAUAAAUGGGCAAUAACCAUACUUCAUAUACAGUAUGUAAUAUAGCAGGUGGUUAUUUUCUAAUUGACUCUCAUUAAAAGACUUUGCUAGCAAUGCGGACGCUUCUAUCGUCUUUAUUCACCAAGUGUAACCCUACGUAAAAACCAACGCAAUGCACAUAGCGCAUGCGCAAAUGCCCAACGUAAACAUCAUAUCCAUAUGUAUGUAUGGAAUGUAUGUAAAACAAAUGUAAAACUUUUAUCACUAUUUGACCAUGCACAAUACAAUUUUUUGAACCAGAAUUACUUACCAUAAAAUUAAUUAACCAAUUAAUCAUGUUUAAUAUUUCAAUUUAAUGAAAAGUGUGCAGCAAUAGGGGGUACAUGGCUUCAAGUCAAAUGUCUGAAGGGGUACGUGACUGUAUUCAGGAUCUGUAUUCAGCUCAUUUUAAACAUCCAUCCAAACAUAUCUUGCUAGCAAAUGCUUUCGUCUGUAUUUUUUCAUUAUUUCAACAUUUCAGCUUUUUCUUAUCGUGCCUUUUGCUGUAUUUUUAUCAUUUUUGCUGUUUUUUAAAUGUUAUUUUGUUUCUGUGGUGAUGCAAUGACAAAUGAGCCAUGGGCCACAGAUGGUCCCUGAGCCGCACUUUGGGCACCCAACACCUCUACUUUGUGGCUCUUGUCAGUGUACUAGUGUACCUGGUUUUGGGGACCGGGCUCCUUGCUGGAGCUCGUGGGUUGCUGCCUGGAUAGCGGCGAGGUGUACGGGCGUGUUCAGUGGACAAAAUGUGUGCCUGUUGGUCGCUCUCCCGAGUGAGGGCACUGAUAUGAUAAUACAUUUUUUUUCAAAAUGUUCUCGCGAUCGACCGGCAAAGUGCCAAGGAUCUACUAGUAGCUCAUGAUCGACGGGUUGGCGACCCCUGUCCUAACUUCUCCCCCUUUUACGGCGCCCCUGUUUGUAUUACUUGUAAUUUGUCAAGGUAUAGGUACAUUAAAGGUAUAGGAGUAUGUAAAGCUUGGUUGAAAUGUUUGCAUUAUUAAGAAAAAACAUCACACAAUUGUAGUUAACAGUUGACAUGUUUUUUGUGAAAUAACUGCAAUGUUACAAAACAAAGAGUUGGAUGUUUUAAUCAGCCUGUACAUGUUAACGUUUAUAAAUCGCAAGGUAAGUAUCUUAUAUUGAAAAAUUAACAAAUUAAAAUGAACAUUUAUUACCACAUAAAAACACACAAAAGUACUGAAAAUCGGUACCCUUGAGUACCAGUACCGAUUCCCAGGUACCGGGUGUCCGUACCACAUCGUUUGAAAUGUGAAAGGUACCCAUCCCUGCACAUGAUUUUUCACAAAUCGACCAACUGGAUCCAAUGGCAAGGAAGCGAAGUCUUCAUACGCCUUCACAGCCGUUGGGUUAGUCACCUAUUCUGCUUGGUCCACCGUUUAGGUUUUGGUAUCAUAAUGCAGUAGGUUACUAUGACUUUCUGCUAAGCACUUUUACCCAAACACAAAACGGCAGCCCAUGCUGAUGUCCCUCAGAGUAAGAGCUCUAACAACUAUAGAUGAAAAAGGCAAAAAUAAAGAAAAAUUCAGAUGGAGGCAAAGCAGGAUUGUGUGGUGAGGAAUGUUCCAGUCAGUGUCAAUGUCUCCUUGAGUCAGAGUGCUGCCCACUCUCAUGCCGGCGUUGUUCAAAACCCCACCUACCCCCACUUUUUGCUUCUCUCCACCCACCCCCUUCCCUUACAAUGCCCUCCUCUCUCUUGCCGUCUCUGGCUAAGGAAUCUCAGGCAGCAUUUAAUUGCGCUGUCGUUCAUACUUCAGUUGGGCUAACGAGCUCGGCUCCAGACUUAGGUCCUGUUUCUCUCACACUCUCGGAGAUCCAUAUGGAGUACAUUACUAGAGGACGCCUGGAUCUCACAUGGAGACGAAUGAGGGACUUGACAAAUCCAGGUAUAGCUUACUAUGUAAGAGAAUAAGACGUAGUAAACGGAGGAGAAAGAGAGCAGAGUGUGGAGGGGAGGGGUUGAAUACAGAAAGCGAGAGAGGGACUCCUGAGGCAGCAAAUGAGACAGAACAAGAAAGCGUGAGAGGUGGCAAGAGAGACAAGAGAGGGAGGGACGAGGAGAGCUUCAAGAGAGAGGAAGCUCCAGGGUAGGAAGUAGGGGGAAAAAAGUUAGGAGAAAGAAAAGAGAAAGGGGAAAAAAACAGCUGGAGCUGGAGAGGAGUGGAGAGGCAGGGAAACAACAGACAGGAAGGAAGGGGAGGGAGACGUCUUGGGUGAAGGGAGAAGGGGGAGGGAGAGCCGAGGAUAAGUUUUCUUGUGGAGAGCCACUAGAUGAGGAAAACAGAAUGAGUGAAUGACGGGACUUCACAGAGCGAUUUGUUUUCCUGAGCACUUUUCCACGCAAGACGCAAGCCUCUUUGGACAUGUACACAGAAGGCGGACAAGCGACAGGACAUCGAAGAUUCAUCCAGGGCUCCUGCGCCUGCCAGCGCUGUGCCCAGCACAGCGGGCUGGUGUACCAACCAGCAUCGGGCAAACAGACUGACCACCCACAUCUGGACAGCUGGAGAGACAUCCAGCCUCCUCGAGUAAAGGACACAGGAGCGUGGGGUGGGAGGGCGCCCAGGGAAGACAGAAGCCUUCAGAGACCGCCUGUGUUUCUGGGGCCUGGCCCCCUGAGCCAGUCCGAUGACUUGCCUCGACUUUGUCUCCCAUGGGAGUUGAACCCUGCCACAUGCAACUACCUGCCAAAGGCUGAUGUGAGACACUGCCCAUCUUUCAGAGAGCAGUGUCGCUGUUUGGUGAAGCACAGCCACCUAAAGGCACACACCGUUAAUGGUGGAAUCCCACAUCCACUCCCUCAUCUACGGGUCAAAGGUCAAGGGUGUGGCUAUGGCAGUACGGCACAAUAUAACAUGUUUGUGGACAACAGAGAGGAGGGCUGUGCUUGUACCCCUGAAAAUGGCCAUUUGGAUCAAUGUAACCCCAGUUUGGGACACGUACUUAUGGCUAAGGGGCACUGGAGACCAAAAGCUGGACCCUCCAAAGGAAGGGAAGGAAGUGAUACCAAUCAUGACUCAGGUGGAUCAAGGGAGAACUGUAAUGGGCACACGCACAAAGUCUUCUUCGCCACUGAAGUCCCACAGAAACACUUGAACCGAAAGAAGGGGCCUUCUGCCCGACACCCAGCUGUCAACAACCUGGAGGCGCCAGCACUGAUCGUCACCAAGAACCAGUGCCAUGGUUUGGGUUUGGUGAAGCAAACAAGUGAGCAUGAUGUGGUUAAGGAUCAGAUCCGACAAGUGGUAACGGAUCUGGAGGACGUCUUGGGAGGUUUGAAGCAAGUUCAAGUGGAGAUGAAAGAGGUCAUCGAGCAGAUCGAUCAUCUCACGGCCAGCAUCGACCUCGGUGAGGAGCCACGCAGCAUCACUUGUGGGUUGUCCAAUAAUAUCCACGCCUCUCCUCAUCGAGGAGAACUCAGAGUGUCACCUCCACCCAAGCCCACCCUGGUUGAGGGGUCAAGGCGUUUGUACGAAGAGGUCAUCAUCCUACAAACCAACUCCCCGUCGCCCAUUCACAUGGCUUCGGUGGUCAAAACUCGCUGCUUCACCCCACCCAACCACAGUAAGGACAUCAAACACGAGGGACCCCAUGUGAACGGGCACCUGCAUCCGCUAGUUCCCCACCAGGGCCCUGCAAAACACAAAGUGGACACCCCAGAUCCCCAUUCCCCAAACCUACACCCUGAAGUUGGGAACAGCACGGCCCAUUCAAGAACACAAAAGCCUCCGCUCUACCCGCAAAAUGAGCGGAGCGGCAAGACCUCGAACCCACCCAGCAAACCCGCAAGGACCCCUGCGUACGCCUGGAGAGGCCGCCAGAGCACCAGCAUGGUGUGAAGAAGGGAGUGGGUGGUGGUCGUCUGCCCCAGUACCGUGGGGGAGCUGAAAUGUGAGACCCUCCUGCAGUGAGUGGAGGUCAGAGUAAGAGCAAGCAGGGGAACAACUCAUGCAGGAGCUGACGGAUAAACUGCAACCCGAACAACCACCAAGAGGAUGUGCAUGUGAUGACCAAUCCCAGCAGGAUUGGUCUCUGCAGCCGGAGUUAGUGGCAAAACAUGCUGCAACAUGUCAGGCAUUUGUGAGGGAAGCAAUUAAACCACACAUCCAUUUUCUGUACCAUUAUUAAUGGUACAAACCAGUCACUACAAGCGAGCACAAAGCAAGAAGCGUGGUACACCACGGACUGAUAAAACCAGAAAACGGAAUAGCUACUUGAUUAAAUUGACAAUUGGGCAAUAGACUGAAUCAUUUUCCGAGAUUUGUAAACAUCAACUUGUGUCAUGUUAGCUCGUCCUUGCACAUAUAGAUAGCUUGCACAUGUCGCACAAAAGUCACAAAAGUCACCACAAGUUCAGAUUUUCAUUCUUCGAAAGCCUGCGCCUUCAUUCUAUAUAAACAAAAACGAUGCCUGUCACAGUGGCUAUCACGUAUUUUAUUUGUGUAAUUAUGUCACAUAGACAUUCAAAGCAAUGGUUUGCAAUCGAAAACCAAGGCUAUCAACAGUUGGCUUUUAUUUUGUGUAGUCUAUGCAGCUGUUCACUGUAAUUAAAGCUAAACUUAUUUGGACAUGUUGCACUUAAACUACCUAAAAUGAGAUAAACAAACAGUGAAGUUGGUCCUUUAAGCUAAAAUCAGGAUCCUAUUCUGUGACUAACCACUAGGGGGUACUCUAGGUCUUUUUUCCACUCUGGGAAUUGUACUUUUUUCUUAAUUCAAUUAAAGUGACUUGAGCCUGGCAUCCUCUUGUAGAAAAACAAAGUUAUCUCUUAACAUCAUGAUUUAUCGUUCAUAUUUAAUUUGGUUAACAGCAAACAAUCUCAGGCAGCUCCUGAUUUAUAUCGUUAAAGCUAUUUUUAAAACAAUGACUUUUUAGUCAGUGUGUGCAGUAGAUGAGAUGGAACUGCAGUACAGCGGGUUCUUCUGUGUGUUCCUCAAAUAAAUCAAUUUGACGUUUCAGUUAUCUAGCGCUGAGAGAUAAUGCAGCUCCAAAUGUUCCGCAUUUAACUUUGAAAUAAAAGAAGUCACUCCAGCAUUUUCCGUGUCCUUGCCGAGUGAGUCAUGUGAGAUGAACACUUCUGCUUCAAAAAAGUUGUAAGAAGACUUCUCCUGUGGACCAGGAGGUUGCACUGUGUGACCUGUCAAUGGCCUGGGUUUGUCAAGUGCAUCAUGGGCCGGGGCAGGCCGAGCUGGCCAGCGUCUGCGUGUGUUUGUUUAAAUCUUGUCUGAGAAUUUCACCACGCUGCUCUCACAAGCUUCCUGCUGCUAUCACAGCUCACCGCCUCCGCCAGAGAGCGACUCAUAUCUGUCCAACUGAGACAACACGCCUCUUUCAUUCACCGAUGGCACGUCACUCACUCUGCACAAGAGUAGUACCAAGAAGACCAAAAUUGCAGUUUUCAACAUGAACACGGUCACAGGCUGUCAAGAGAGGGCCACAAAAACAAGUGGAACCAUGACUCUUUGAAGGCCAUUUUAGCCAAUCAGAAAAUUGAAGUCAUUUUAGGAAAAGAUGCAAUAACAACAAGAGUGGAAUAACGUAAUUUUACGGAUGUACGCUGGAUGGACCUUUGCUGGCCCGUUCCACAUUUAACGUUUCUUGACUAUACAAGUAGUAGUAUUAUUUGCAUUUUCCUGGCCAAAAACAAGCACGAAGCAUUAGUUUAUCCAAAAAAACAAACAAAACAGAUGUAUGUAUUCAGUUUCUUGUGAAUUAGUUACAUAAUUUUUGCAUAUUCCCAACUAAAAUCUCACUAAAAAAUGUGUUAUAAGUUUUUUGGUAAUCGGUUAAGCAGUAAUCAGUGAAUUAGUUCCAGGCUAAAACAAAAACCUGACAAAACAAGAGUUUCCAAUUAACCUAACGUCUAUUUUUGGAAUGUGGGAAGAAGCCGGAGUACCCGGAGAAAAUCCACGCACGGGAAGAAUAUACAAACUCCACACAGAGAUUCCCCGAUGGAGAUACGAACCCAGAUCUUCCAGAUCUCUUGACUGUGCAGCCAACAUGGUAACCACUAUUAAAAUUGGGUAUUUAAAAACAGUGCGCAAUAUGAUGUCACACAAGGCGAUGUCAUGUCUCACAUAACGAUUGUGGACGAUGGGCAAAAUUCCACAAAAAAGUGCAGUAUUCCUUUAAGGAUUUGAGAACCCUUGACCUGCAAGAUCAAUAAGACAAACGACGUUAGAAUGCAAAUGCUCUUGUGUUAAAGGCAUUAGAUUGUAUCCCAAGCACCAACAAACACAGGAGCAAAUUGCUUCAAGGUGACUGCGUUUGGACAGCACAAGAAUGUCGUAGAAUUCUGCCAACCAUCUGCAAAACUUAUUCAACACUACGGCAAAUAAAACCCAUUCCCACCCUUGAAACGUGUCCUCCUCCUGACAGGACUGCCUGACCUGGUGCCAGAUCCAUAUGCCAUCCAAGCAGGGGCUUACGUGCGGCGCAUGCAAAAUUCAAAAAAAUGUGCAGUUUUCCUUUAACUCUGAGUGUUAGUUGAGUAGAAUUUCAUACACAGACUGAAGGCAAGAAAACGCAUACAAGCGUGAUUAAGGGUCAAAAUGCAUGCCGAGUAUGAAAACUGUACAUGUUGGCAGGUCUGGGACUUAUGAAAAAACAAUGGCGUUUACGUGAUUUAAGCUUUCGGAAAGAAUGUCACAUGUCCCACGCAAGAACCCAAUGAAUCUUUGUGCAAAUGGAAAAAGAAAUAGUUCCGUUCUUUCAUUUAUUAUGUUUUGUCAGUCAAAAACCAAAGAACUGCGGAUAGCAUUGCAUAGAAAGAUGUAAAGACUGUUUGGAAUUUGUUGGCGUCACGCAUUGAAGAAAACUUCCUGUGGUUUUAAAUUUUGUCAGAAAGAAGGAAGAAAGGAUGACAAUGUUCUGGCUUCAAGCGAAACUCGUGCAGCGUUUGUAAACACCAGAGUUCCUCUGGAAUUUCAGACUGAGAUUCCAACCAAGAACAACACGCUGGAUUUGUCUUGUGUGCGCAAAAACAAUAGCAGAGGAUGCUGUUCAUACCGCGAGUGUGCAAUGCUCGAUCGUUAGAAGAAAAGGACUGCAGAACUACUCUUGUUGUUGGACCUGAUAUUAGUGUGGCUGCUCACUGUACCCAUUAAAAGAAACAUCAAAUUCAAAAGUCAUCUUUUAAUGCCACAAAAAAGAGCUUUCCCGUCAGGAGGCCUCCUUUGGGUGAUCUGAAGUGCAGCAAACAGAUUGUUUGAAGGAAGACGAGGAGCUUGCAGUGUAACGAGUCAACAAAUCAAAGCAUAUCAAAUCCUUGCAGCCGUCCUCUCUGAAAAUACCACCCAAGUCACCGAACCACCCAGCUUGAAAGAAAAACAUUUCAUCAUUGCUCCCAAGUUAGAGCUCUGGAGUGUUUUGUCCCGGUGGACGAUGCGUUGGCCAGGUUGUGUCAGAGACCCCCAUGCUUGGAAGCAGUCCAGGACGCCCGACCCCCAAUGCUGCUUUUAAUCGCGACAGCAUGACAGAAUUGCAGAGGAAUUUCUCUACCCUGUGCCUAAACGGAACAGUCAGGAUGCUCUCGUUGGAUUCUUGCAUCCCUGUCAGCUCUCACGUGGCCUUACUUUUGUUGGAGACUGACCCCACCACCACCACCAUCCCCCGCCCUCCACAUAACAUCCCCAAACACGGCUGAGCUGAUGCAAGCCGGCCUGUAGACGGUCCUUUCUACAACGUACUGUACCCACCUGUACACUGUUGUGCUUGUGAGGGGCCAAAGCAGACUUUUUUCAUGGCUCAGUGCUCAGAGCUUUCGGUCCAGAUGUUGGUGCAAAGAGCCACAGCUGAACAAACAGUGUCAGUCUUCUCUGCGGCGUGACAUGUUUAGAAUGACAUGCGUGUCCAAAAAGAUGGUGGCCAGCUGAGUUUGCACCACAGCAAACUGAUUUGCCAACCACACUUAUUGUAGCGUCAAGAGGAUGCGAAGAAGCUAAAAACGCGUUUUAGCAUUUAUGUUAUAUACAUACAGGACACAGGAAGAUAAGCACAAUAGCUCGCACCUUGCUCUAUUUUGCCAUAUCGCCCAAAGCUAAUUAUUGUACUAGCCUGAUCAUUAUACUUAAUCAUGUCUUUACUUGUUUGCUUUCUAAAAAUACAUUGUGAGCAUGUAAGCAUACUAAUACUGUAAAUGUAAGUCUAUUCUGUUCAACAUUUACCAUAUUCAUAUUGAAAGCUUUUUAGCAUGUCAAUCCAACAUUUUACAUCAUAGCUUGUAUUAGAUUAAUUGCAAUAUCUGACUUUGAGCAUGUUAGCAUGCUAAUACAGAUACAUAUAAGGCAAUACCUUCUAAUGUAACGGAUGCCAGCCAGUGUGGCUGCGCAAGUGUACGUUGAUAAACCUUACUCCCUUGGCCUUGAGAGCUGCACUGAACAUUGGGUUGACAGUCUGGGCUUUUGUCAGAACGGCCAGCACUCUCAUCUCCCAUUUCGAAGGUUCUGUGUUCAAGCCCCGGUGCGGGCAGUGUGAAGGAGGUGGGUUACGCUAAUAUUUAGCAUAUUAUGACCAUCAAUUUUAGAAUACUAGUAUGUGUUUAGGGCACCUGCUAAUAAUAAAGGUUUUGCAAUGUUUACAAGCUAGUUAGCGAGCUAUCAAAGGUUUGAGCGCCUAUCGGUCGCCAAUAGUUUGGAGUUGUGCUGAGUAUGUUAUCAUGCUUACACUGAUAUUUGACAAUCUAUGUAGCCUUUAGCAUAUUAUCACAGUGAAUGUCAGCAUGCUUUUACAAGUAUAUUAAAGCAUGGAAUUCCAGGCUACCUGCUAUUAUGAACUAUAAUGUGACUUUUGCUAUAUUUAAAAGCUUGUAAGCAUGCUAAUGCCAAAGUCUGAACAUCAAUAAGCUGCCUGUAAUCAGACUUUAGUCAUUCUAAGUAAUUCUAAGAAUGUUGGCAUAUUUAUACCGAUACAUGUGUAUACCUUCUAACAGCUAACAUUGUCAAUGUUAGCAUGAUAACCUUGGCUACCUGCUAAUAAUCCGUGUUUUGCUAGGUUCAUCAGCUUGUUGCCACGCUAAUAUCAAAGUUUAAAAUUCAAUAUACGGCCAAAAAUCAUAUUUUUGUCAUUGCACGCAUAUUAACAAACAAACAAACAACCAUGUUUGAGCUACCAAUCUAUCAUUGUUGUCCAGAAUGUUCUGAUCCAGACAGGAAUGGCGGACGCCGUGGUCUGGACAGGAGUUGGUUGGAUUUUCCAGACACUUUGAAUAACACAGACAAUCUACUCUGGCAAGGAAGCACCUUGGCUGCUUCACACAUACACCAUUUCAAUUGGGAUUUAUCUCCCUGCUCUUUCCUGAUCCACUGAAAAUAGCCAACAUCUGUGCCUUAACAGUGCGUACUGUACACUUCACAUUUUCAGCACCGACUUGGUUUAGAGUGUUCUCUCCAAAACAAAACCUUUGAAUGAGUCAUUGGUGGAUAAAAGCAAUGAACUCUUUGUCCGGCAAAAAAGAUGUCAUUUUUUCAAGGUGCACACCGGAGGAAGGGUGGUACAGAAGGCCUUCAUUCAUGCAGCUUCACAGACGCCUGUCAGCAAACAUGCCACCAGUGUCUGCCUGCUGGCCUCAAUCUGCCCCAGGACCACAGUAAAACACUGAUUUCACUCCUUUAAAAGUGCUUAAAUCCCAAGUUUAGAGCUGCUUUUAUCUCCAGAAAACAUGUACCCUUUUGAAUUUGGAUCCAUCUAAUGUGAAUUCCAACAGGAAAUAGCUACAGUAGAGCUGUCUUAUGUGGCCUUGUAAAAUCAGACCCGUAUUCAUUUUGGUUGACGGCAACAGGACAUCACAGAAAAUAAGCGCAAAGUUCAAACUACAUACCUCUUACGCAGACCUUCAUGAGUCAUGCAUUUUUCACUAUACAAAAUAACUUUUUUUAUAAAUAUAAUUUAUAUUAUAAAUUGCCACUACCAUAGCAAGCUACCGAGCUAACUAGUUGGGUUGGCAAUCUUUACAAUUAAAAGAGCCAUUUUGUCUCCUCUUCCAGUGAAAAAAAAAUAGUCUGGAGAUGCAGAAUAUUACACAGUUUAUAAACUUGUAAAAUUUUUAAUCUUUUUUAAAUGUUACCUGUUACAACAGGGGUCACCAACCCGUCGAUUGCGAGCUACUGGUUGAUAUUUGGGACUUUGCUGGUCGAUUAUGAGAAUAAUUGGGGGGAAAAAAUGUGUUAUUGUACGCCUCGCGGCCCUCCAGGCACACAACCCGCAAGCUCCAGCCAAGCCCGGUCCCCAAAACCCGACCAGAGGUGUCGGCGCACGCACAAAGGAUCUACCUCAAAAUUACGGCACAACUAUAACCCCAUAGACGUGCACCUCCAAAAAAAUCUUCGAGCUGCGUCUCGUUGGGGUUGUAUUGACCAGUCUUUCUCUCCUCACCAUCGCUCUCCCACGACACUGAGCCGACAAGCUGAGGUGUAGUUUGCUCAUAGAGCCCACGGCACAAGCCCAACCCCGACGAAGAUCUGCAAAGGUAGGGAUGACCAAAGUGCGGCUCGGGGCACAGCAAAAAUGGUAAUAAAUAGAGCAAAAGGCACAAUGUGAAAAAGCUGAAAUGUUGAUGCCAACAACCAAUAACACAAAGCUUUGUAUUUAAAGGCAAAGCUCAAAGCUUUAAAUAUCUAUCAUAUAUAUAUAUAUAUAUACACACACACACACACACAUAUAGAUCUUAUAGAUAUAGAUCUUGCGCAUGUUCAAGGCCGAGACCAGGUCUCAAAAAGGUUGGUGACCACUGCGUUACAACAACAAAAUUCAGCAACAACAGAAGUGCAGCGAGCAUGUGUAGGCCUACUCUGAAACCAUUGAAACACUGAACUCUGUAGGCCUUUUUGAGUGGUUCCCAUAUUUGUGUAAAAUUAAAACAAAACGUAACCAACUGUAACAUUAAAAGGCUCAUCAGAGUUCACAUAUCUGCAUAUCAGUGUUUUAAGAUUCCAGAUUCAAGAGUUUUAUUGUCAUAUGCACAGUAAAACAGGUAGUUCUACUAUACUAUACUAAUGAAAUUCUUAUUCUGUUCAUUCUCCCAAGAAAAGAAAGAAAACAAAAGAAAAUGAAUAAGAACAAAAGAAACACUAAUACCAAUAAAUUAAGCAACAACCGAACAGAAGAGACAUUAAUACAAAUAAAUAAAUAAAAAAAUUAAAAAUAAAUAAA